CGCCAAUAAACCCACAGAAGAAGAAGCCGUUCUGUUCCUUUACAAAAAUACUCGAUUCCUGCAAGGAUUUCUGUAAGGGUUCAUAGCGACAUAUCAUUUACCAGUUAAUUUACUUUAUAGAGCUUUGAUUAAAAAAAAAAAGCGUGUUUUUUUCUACCCCAACCACUGGGUUACACAUAUUGGGUCAUUGCUGGGUUAUUUUUACAUUGUUGGGUUAUUUUUAGUAAUAACCCAGCUGUUGAGUUAAAUGCGACGGAAAACAUUUUAACGGUCCAGCAGAAGCCUGAGUAUAAGAGAAAUGGAUUCAUUUGUUAAGGAACGACUAGAAGAGUGGAACCUCAGCCAUUUAAUUGAAACAUUUCAAGAGGAAGGAGUGGAUGAAGAAAGUUUUAUGCUGCUGGAUGAUGCCAGCAUUGCUGCUCUAAUACCAAGAAUUGGUGUCAGGGUUAAAUUCAAGAAAUAUCAUUCGGAACUUUUGGAAUCUCUGGGCCAUAACCCCGUCAACAAUCAGUCAUGUCCCAGUCAAUCACCAAUAAGAAAUGACCCACCGACCCCAACUGAGUCAGCAGAGGAAAGCUGCCCAACCAGAACAACAAGCGACUCAACCUUUGAUAUACGAGAAAUACUCCAAAAUUCUGGAGGAUCAGCGUUAAUAACAUCUUUAGACACAGACAUGCAUCUAAGCCUCAAGGAGCGACAUAAGAUGGUGCGGUUGUUGGUUUCUCAUUUAAUGGAAAGGUUUGGGGAAAACCCGACAGCUGAGAUCAAAAAGGAGAUGGCUUUGGCAAUAAUUGACCAGUUUCCUUGUCUGAAAAGCAAUGAGGGACACGGAUAUGAGGUAUGGUAUACACCUUGUCGUUCUCGUCACCCUGCGACUGGGUAUCUAGAAGAAAGACUCCGCAACGUGAGGAAACGUCUUAGAGCCCCACAGAAACGGCACAGCUAUUCACACCCAUUUCUUCUGCCAGAGUCUGAGUUGUCUUCGACUGACAUUCAAACAAUGCUUGAGUGGCUAAAGAACAAUAGAAGUACUCACAGCCAAGUCCAGGAGUUCAUGAGUCAUCCAGCACCUCCUCAAGGAACCUCUGGAACAAAAACUAUUGAAGAAAUCAAUGGAGAAUAUCCUAGAUUUAUCGACUUUUCUGGAAUGUAUCUGGGCCAAAGCCCCGUCAACAAUCAGUCAUGUCCCAGUCAAUCACCGAUAAGGAAUGACCCACCGACCCCAACAGAGACAGUAGUGGAAAGCUGCCCAACCAGAACAACAAUCAACGUAGCCUUUGAUAUACGAGAAAUACUCCAAAAUUCUGGAGGAUCCGCGAUAAUAACAUCUUUAGACAGAGACAGGCACCUAAGCCUCAAGGAGCGACGUCAGAUGGUGCAGUUGUUGGUUUAUCAUUUAAUGGAAAGGUUUGGAGAAAACCCGACAGCUGAGAUCAAAAAGGAGAUGGCUUUGGCAAUAACUGCCCAGUUUCCUUGUCUGAAAAGCAAUGAGGGACACGGAUAUGAGGUAUGGUACACACCUUGUCGUUAUCGUCACCCUGCUACCGGGUAUCUAGAAGAAAGACUCCGCAACGUGAGGAAGCGUCUUAGAGCCCCACUUAGACGACACAGCCAACCACAGCCAUCCCAGAAUUCCUCUUCCCGAUCCAGUUUUCCACUGCCAGAGUCUGAUUUGUCUUCGGCUGUCAUUCACAAAAUGAUUGAGUGGCUAAAGGACAAUGAAAGCCCUCACAGCCAAGUCCAGGAGUUCAUGAGAUAUACAGCACCUCAUCGAGCUGCAUGGAUUCGAUCCACUGGAACCAAAACUAUUGAAGAAAUCAAUAGAGAAUAUCCUAGACUAAACGUUCCUGGAAUGAUAUUACAGGACUUUGAAGUUAUAUUCCCUGACCAUGCUGACCGCCUUUAUGAAUUUUGGGCUCCUGUCUUUACUGACCGGAUUUUACUUUUUGCAAAAAAAGAACCCAAAGCUUCUGAUGUCCUUCCAGAGAAUCUGGAAACACUGCCAAUAGAGGUUCGUGGAGAAAUUGCCUUGAAAACCCUUCCUGUCAUCCUGCCAUCAUCACCAUACCGCACAAAUGGGAAAGUUGUGCGUCCGACAUAUGGUGAAAUGAAGCGCGGCUUCAUUGACAUUCAACCUGUUGGAACGAAUGUGGUAGAUUACCUGAGCAGUGACACGAGCCAGGAUCCACAUGUCUUGGUGCUUGGGGACAAAGAGAACUCCUCCCAAGUGUUUGUCAUUUUCAAUGGAGAGGCAGUUGAGCAGGAGACCUUAAUUCAAGCAGUGGAUUUAUGUUUCAAAAUGUUUUAUGUCUAUGACAUAACCUACCCAAAGCCCUCUGCUCCUAUUUGGGAGUUUUUGCAGCAUGCAAUCUUUAAAAUUCCUGGAGGAGUUCCUUCAGCACACUGCUGCCUCCUUAAAAACUUUGUUUUUAGUGUUAUUGACCAUUAGUAGGUCCAGUAGUCAACAGAUGUAUUUGUAGUUUUAUUACUUUAUUACUACUAUAUAUUUACAGCUCAAUGCAUACGGUGUACAGUGUAGCUUUUUUAAUUAGAUCCUGUAAACUGAAAACUACAUUAUCUACUAGAGCCCCUCAGUGUUCAUCCUUUAUCCUUUGAAAUAUACAAUGAAGAUCCUGUAAAUAACCAAAAAGUAAUCUUGGGAAUUCUGUAUUUAUCUGUAAAUGAGGUGAACAACAUUAAACAAAUAAAUUCAGCUUAA